AUGCUGGUGAAGAAGCAAGCAGGGAAAGGAGGGGGGCGGGAGCCGGGCUCCGAGGACCGGAGCCCAGGCGGGCAGCGUUGUGCCCGGACCGUGUCGCCGUGCGCCGCCCUGGCCGCCCUCCUGUCAGUAGUGGCCGUGAUAUCUUGUCUGUACCUGGGGGUGAAAACCAACGACCUCCAGGCGAGGAUCGCCGCCCUCGAAUCCGCCAAAGGAGACCCUUCCAUCCGUCUGCUGCCUGAUUGUCUGGAUCAGCUCAAAGCAGUGGUGCAAGAGAAAGUGGAGCGACUUCUGGCUCAGAAAUCCUAUGAACAUAUGGCUAAAAUAAGAAUCGCAAGAGAAGCACCUUCAGAGUGCAACUGCCCAGCAGGCCCUCCGGGGAAACGAGGUAAAAGGGGCCGAAGAGGAGAAUCUGGUCCUCCUGGUCAGCCUGGUCCUGAGGGCCCUCCUGGUCCAAAAGGUGAUAAGGGAGAACAGGGUGAUCAGGGACCUCGGAUGGUGUUUCCUAAAAUCAAUCAUGGGUUUCUCUCUGCUGAUCAGCAGCUCAUUAAACGCCGCCUGAUUAAGGGUGACCAAGGACAGGCUGGGCCUCCAGGCCCUCCAGGACCUCCAGGCCCACGAGGACCUCCUGGGGACACAGGCAAAGAUGGCCCCCGCGGAAUGCCAGGAGUGCCUGGUGAACCAGGGAAACCAGGAGAACAAGGCUUGAUGGGUCCUCUGGGGCCUCCAGGACAAAAGGGUUCUGUUGGAGCACCUGGAAUUCCAGGGAUGAAUGGGCAAAAGGGUGAACCCGGGUUGCCUGGAGCAGUAGGACAGAAUGGAAUACCAGGACCAAAGGGACAACCUGGAGAACGAGGAGAAAAGGGAGAUGCUGGAGAGAAUGGCCCCAAAGGUGAUACAGGUGAAAAGGGUGACGCUGGAUCGUCCGCUGCAGGAAUUAAGGGAGAGCCCGGAGAAUCUGGUCGUCCAGGGCAAAAGGGUGAACCAGGGCUUCCUGGGCUUCCUGGACUUCCGGGGAUAAAGGGAGAACCAGGUUUCAUUGGUCCUCAAGGAGAACCAGGCUUACCAGGGUUACCAGGAACAAAGGGCGACCGUGGGGAGGCAGGGCAUCCUGGAAGAGGGGAUCGAGGGGAGCCUGGAGCCCCUGGACCAAAGGGGAAACAAGGUGAAUCAGGAACUAGAGGCCCAAAGGGGUCAAAGGGUGACCGUGGAGACAAAGGGGACCCUGGAGCCCUGGGACCAAGGGGUCCACCUGGUCAAAAGGGAGAUCAAGGAGCCACCGAGAUCAUAGACUACAAUGGCAACCUCCACGAAGCCUUGCAGAGGAUUACCACCUUAACAGUCACGGGUCCCCCUGGACCACCUGGACCUCAAGGACUACAAGGGCCAAAGGGAGAACCAGGAUCUCCAGGAGUCCCAGGAGUUGAUGGAGAGCAGGGACUCAAAGGUUCAAAGGGAGACAUGGGGGACCAAGGUAUGCCAGGUGAAAAAGGAGGAAUUGGACUUCCUGGAUUACCGGGUGCCAAUGGAAUGAAAGGAGAAAAAGGAGACUCUGGAUUGCCAGGUCCUCAGGGUCCUUCCAUCAUAGGCCCACCAGGCCCACCAGGUCCCCAUGGCCCACCAGGCCCCAUGGGACCCCAUGGACUUCCUGGACCAAAGGGUACAGAUGGCCCUAUGGGACCCCAUGGCCCUGCAGGUCCCAAAGGAGAAAGAGGUGAAAAAGGAGCUAUGGGAGAGCCGGGACCCCGAGGACCGUAUGGUCUUCCCGGGAAAGAUGGAGAGCCUGGUCUUGAUGGUUUCCCUGGUCCACGAGGCGAGAAGGGUGAUCUAGGAGAAAAGGGGGAAAAGGGAUUCCGUGGCGUUAAGGGGGAAAAAGGGGAGCCAGGCCAGCCUGGCCUGGAUGGGCUGGAUGCCCCUUGCCAAUUGGGGCCAGAUGGAUUACCCAUGCCUGGCUGUUGGCAAAAGGUAGGCUUUACAGAAUUAUUUCUAAAAGAAGCACUGUCCCUUUCUCUUCACCCGGCCUAG